AUGCAGGGCUUGCACCGGAAAACCGAGAAUCAGGACAUACCUCGGACAUGCACAUCUCGCUGGUGGGAGAUUUUCACCAGCAGGCCCAUCAGCAGUAUCCACCCAGUCCACUUCAUCUUGGGCGUCCCGUCGACCCGUCAACCUCAACCCCCAAACCCUGAGUCCGACUCUUGCUCUUCCAAGUUCCUCACCAGGCUAGUGCAGCUCCUCCUCAUCGUCGACGGGCUAUCCGUACCGGGGCACGUAGCGGCGGCGGCAGAAGCAGCAGCCAGCAACAGCAAGCAGAAGCAGAAGCAGAACACCCUGGGAUGCAUGGCCGCCGCUACGCAGUAG